GAGUGCACCUUGGUCCCCUGCAGAGGCCAGAGAGGGAGGGGAAUGGGGCAGGGGUGAGGUGAGGUGAGGUGGGGAAGUCUGGUGUCUAUCAGGGGGUGGGGCUUGGAGGCCCCACCCUCCCCAGAGCCAGCUGGGAUACCUGUCUUUCUCUUUUUCUUGUUAUUUCAGCAGGCUUUGAGAAGUUAAUCUUUCUCUCCUAGAGAGGCUCCCGUUCUUUCCUAUCCUGAGAGGACACCCAAGGGAGAAGACCUGAGUUGCCAUGGAUUCUGCCAUCACCAGCCGUGAGCACCCUGACCCCUUGCAGAAGCGUGAUGGUGUGGUCACCAUCUAUGAUGAUGGCCAAGGCAGGAAGAAGGAUGGCCAUCACAGGAAGAAGGAUGGCCAUCACAGGAGUCCCAGCAGCAGCGACCUGGCCUAUGGCAUCCUGGACAUUCCACCAUGGUAUCUCUGCAUCAUCUUGGGGAUCCAGCACUUCAUCACUGCCCUGGGGGGACUCGUGGCUGUGCCGCUCAUCCUGGCCAAGGGGCUGUGUCUGCAGCAUGACCCCCUCACACAGAGCUACCUCAUCAGCACCAUGUUCUUCGUCGCUGGCAUCUGCACUCUCCUGCAGGUGCUUUUUGGAGUCAGGCUGCCCAUUCUCCAGGGAGGGACGUUUACCUUUGUGGCACCCUCCCUGGCCAUGCUCUCCCUUCCCACGUGGAAGUGUCCUGACUGGACACUCAAUGCCAGCCAGGUGAACACCAGCUCUCCUGAAUUCACCGAGGAAUGGCAGAUGAGGAUCCGAGAGUUGCAGGGCGUCAUCAUGGCCGCUUCCUGCGUCCAGAUGUUUGUGGGCUUCUCGGGACUCGUUGGCUACCUCAUGCGCUUCAUUGGCCCCUUGACCAUCGCUCCGACCAUCUCCCUGAUGGCCCUGCCCCUCUUCGACUCUGCGGGCAACGAUGCCGGAGCCCACUGGGGGAUCGCCGCCAUGACCAUCUUCCUCAUCGUGCUGUUUUCUCAGUACCUGAAGCACAUCGCGGUGCCCGUGCCCCUGUAUGGACGACAGAAGAAGUGUCACAUGUCCAGCGUGCGCCUGUUCCAGCUCUUCCCUGUGCUGCUGGCGCUCUGCAUCUCCUGGCUCCUGUGCUUCGUGCUCACGGAGACCAACACCCUGCCCUCGGCCCCCACGGCCUACGGGUACCUGGCCCGCACAGACACCAAAGGCCACGUCCUGAGCCAGGCCCCUUGGUUUCGCUUCCCUUACCCAGGACAGUGGGGUCUCCCCACCAUCAGCCUGGCUGGGGUCUUUGGGUUCAUCGCCGGGGUGAUCGCCUCCGUGGUGGAAUCAGUAGGCGAUUAUUAUGCCUGUGCCCGGCUGGUGGGGGCCCCACCCCCUCCAAAGCAUGCCAUCAACCGUGGCAUUGGAAUUGAGGGCCUCGGCUGUCUGCUGGCAGGGGCCUGGGGCACAGGGAACGGCACCACCUCCUACAGUGAGAACGUCGGGGCACUGGGUAUCACCAAGGUGGGGAGCAGAAUGGUGAUUGUCGCCUCGGGCUGCGUGCUGCUCCUGAUGGGUGUCUUCGGGAAGAUCGGGGCUGCGUUUGCCACCAUCCCGGCCCCCGUGAUCGGAGGCAUGUUCGUCGUGAUGUUCGGGAUCAUCACCGCCGUGGGGAUCUCCAAUCUGCAGCAUGUGGACAUGAACUCGUCCAGGAACCUCUUUGUCUUUGGCUUCUCCAUCUUCUGUGGGCUCGCGAUUCCCAACUGGGUGAACAAGAACUCGGACCAGCUCCAGACAGGGAUUCUCCAGCUGGACCAGGUCAUCCAGGUGCUGCUGACCACAGGCAUGUUCGUUGGCGGCUUCCUGGCCUUUGUGCUGGACAACACCAUCCCUGGAAGUCUGGAGGAGCGCGGCUUCCGGGCAUGGGAUCAAGCCCAGGGGACGGAGGAGACUGCGAGGGUCCUGGAGAUCUACAGCCUCCCCUGUGGGAUUGGCACCACGUACUGCACUUCCUCCUGUGCCCAGUUCCUCCCCUUCUGGCCCAGCCGGGAGCCUGGGGGGACCGGGGAGGUGGGAGUGAGUCAGCUCACACUCUGCUCCCAGGAUUCCUCAGGAGAGCGCCCUAAGGGUGCCAUAGAGACCCGGAUGUGAGGCUGUCUCUUCUGAGGCACGUCCCCAAGCCCUCUCCACCCCCUCCCCAACCCCGAAGGUGCUGGUCUCCCCGGGCAGGCAUGGGCAGGGACCACACCCUCCUGAGCACCCGCAGCAUCCUGUACACUGUGGCAGCGGAAUACGCAGCAAGUGAAGACUACUGUGACCUGGCACUCCGUCCCCACGGCCUGGCCUCAGGCUGCAUCCUCCCCCUGGCUCCAGCCCAGCGGGCUGUCAUGGAAACCAGUGUAGCCUGAUGCCCAUCCCCAUGGGAACUCCCUCAGCCAUGCUCCCGCAGUGGAAGUCCUUGGCGUUGCCUCCUGCAUCACAGGACGGUGAGCGGUGAGAGCUGGGCUGCGGAGCCGACAGGAGGUGAAACAGCCUUCAGUGGAGGGGAGCUGCUGUUGCUAAGAUGUGUGUAAACUGUAAAGAGCCAGGCA